AUGGUCUUUGGGAUAUUAGCAGCCGUGGCAGCUGUGCCAGCCAUCGUCGGCACCACCGAAGCAGUCCGACAAGGACAACGCCAAAAUGCUCGCGAAGAACAUCGAGGCCGGAAGUCAAAUUUGACCAUCACGUUGCCAGUCCGAAAUUCCUACAGCGAACGAUUCGACGGAGCAAUGAUUGUGUUAAAAGACAACAAACUCUACAUCGACACCGAGCACUCUCGUCUCGGUGCCAACAUGGCUCAUCCGUUUUCUGGCUACUAUCUACCUAUACCAUGGAUAGGCGACAAGUGGAAGAAAGCAGGAUUUAGAAAUGGCGAAGGGAUGGUCACUACCAUUAGCGAUGAUCCACCGUUCUUAAACUGGGUGUAUCUGGAUCGAAAUACAUAUGAGGUCAAAUAUGGCAUUCGUGUCGAAGCAGAACCCCAUCAUGUCGGUCCAUGGGAUUGCACACCCAUUGAUCGUCGCUUGACUUUUGAGGGAUGGGAAGGCUUUGUCAUUGUACAAGAAGAUGAAGACAGUGAUCUCUGGGCAUUGUAUUUCGACCGCGAUGAUGAUGGCUUGAGAGGGGAAGGCAAAGUGGGCACGCAAGACAAGAGAAUGCUUUUGGUCGAGGUGUCGAGGAAAGAGAUGAGGAGGACUAAG